AAAGGACGAAUGAAGAAUGAAUGAGAGCCCAAGUGGCACUCCGGAUUUGCCUGGAUCCCGAAUCUCGAGUCUGGGUACGAUCGGAACAAGUCAUUUUGGAGGCGGAAAUGCGCGGGUCGUGGUCAGACUCAUGCCCAGGCGCAUCUGACAUGCACUUCAAGAGGGAGGCGAAGAGUCCUGUGGAGAUCUCCGUCUCAAGUUUAGGUUGCGAGGCAAGCAGGAUAACAUAUGAGUAACUGUUUGCGAGUCUCGUUAGAAUCGGUGGGAAGACGAGUGCGUGGAUUGACGAAAUUGUUUCUGGCAGUGGGUCUGACCAUCUGGCGAGCGAUUGUGACUGCGCUGUCUGACGUAUUCUUCUUCUUCGUCCAGUUCAUCCCCUGCUCUUUGUGUUCGGACACCAAGGCCGAAGAAGUCGGCGAUCUGCAAGCCGCCCGGAUUUUUUAGAAUGACGGCCGCAGGAGGAGGAGGCAGGGGCAAGGCGAAAGGGUCCAAAUCCGUGUCUCGAUCCCAGAAAGCAGGUCUGCAGUUUCCUGUGGGGAGAAUUGCGAGGUUUCUGAAGGCGGGAAAGUAUGCUGAGCGAGUCGGAGCUGGAGCCCCCGUCUAUUUAGCUGCAGUUAUGGAAUAUCUGGCUGCCGAGGUGUUGGAAUUAGCCGGGAAUGCUGCGAGAGACAACAAGAAGUCCAGGAUCAUUCCGCGCCAUAUUCAGCUGGCUGUGAGAAAUGACGAGGAGCUCAGCAAAUUACUGGGUACGGUGGUUAUUGCGAAUGGUGGCGUUCUACCCAACAUUCACAGCUCCCUCCUCCCGAAGAAGACAGGCAAGGGUGGGAAAGGAGAGAUAGAGGGUAUGUCUCAAGAAUUUUGAGACUCUCCAGGCUCCAGCGGCUGUAAUUUUUUGCUUUCACCAACAGGUGUUCAACAGCUAGAGUUAGUUGACUCUGAUCGCCCUUUGAGAUUGACAAGAACGAUUUUUCUCUGAUCUUUGAUCAUUUCUCUCUUAUGUAAAUUUUUUCCUAUUAACGAAGAGCUUGUUUGUUCCUUUGGAGCGGUACACAAAUCCAAUCAAGUCCCUCACGCCUGGUGAAACUCUUGUAGAAGGGAGAGAUCGUUUUUGCCUUUCUCACAGCAAAAAAAGCCAGAUUAGUUCACUCA